CACGACCAUCACCACCUUCCCCAUCUUCACGAGAAGAAUUUUUCCUUCUCUUCUCUCGCCUCUCUUUUACACGCACCCUGCUCGCUGUCUAUCCUUCCUCCUCGCUGCUACAUGUCAUUCGUUUACAAUAUCUGAUAUAGCAAAGUCAUAUCUCCAUUCUGAUCCCUCAUCCAUGUCUUCCCCGCGUCUAUCACACCAUUGAGUUCCACCACCACAGAGCUGAGACCACUCAACCCAGACUGCGAUACCCCUCCACCCAUCAACUCUCACAGCACAGACACGAAAAGAGGGUUUGGAUCUGUGUGCACUGUUCUUCACCCCAGUCACAUUGUACCUUGCAUACAAGUCCUGUGCCCGGUCAUGGCUCCCACUCUAUCAGACAAAACCACCCUCACCACUUCCCUCUUCAACCAUAUCCUAACCCGAACCUUGUCCUCAAUAUCCUCAAGGUCGGCCUCAGAUACAGAGAAACCGCCUUCAUUGGCCUCUGUUUUUGCCACCAUUCUACGUGGGACAAGCUCCGUCUCCCGCCGCGCCCUUAAAUCAGCUCUCACCUCACCACCACCUAUUCCCAAUACCUCCGACUCUUUAUACCACCCCAUAUUCCUCUCCGCGGCCGAUUCCCACCUAAAUAAACGGCAACAGCCCGUCCUUGCCAUUCCUACCACAUAUGCUGGCCUCAACGCCGGCCCAGCACCAGGUGCUCUUGUUGGAAUUGUCCUCGGCGCCAUUGCUGGCUUCCUCCUCAUUCUCUAUGUCGUUCUUUCGGCGCUUCGUCUCUCAGGGUACACAAGAGAAACGGUUCAAGUUGAAGAAAUCCACCGUCACCGCCACUCCCACUCUCGUGCUCGAUCGCGCAUGGCCGAGGUAAGGACGGUGCGCGAGAGAGAAGAGCGGGUCGUGGUAGAAGAGCGUCUCGAGCCGGAAAGUGUGAUUGUCGAUGAGGAACCUGAAGAUGUUGUUGAAGUAAUUGAGGAACAUAGUCCUGAGAGACCUGUUCGGAAGGAAUCCCGUCGCAGUGGAUUUCGCACUAUAGAUCCUGCCGAGUUUGGCGGCGGCAGGGCUCCGACAAGGAGGGUGAGUCGGCGGUGAAAUUGAUAUAUAUGGAAAUAUACUGGACAUGAGUACUUGGAUGAGUCUGUUUCAGCGAAGGUGUUGGUUGGAUUAUGAUGAGAUAUCUAGUUAUUGGAGCAUCAUGUUGGAGAUUAUAAGCAGAUGGAAUGACAUUGUGGCAUAUGUAUAUCAAGUAUCGGUAUCUGCAUAUAACUCUUGUUUUGGAUCAUCAACAUCUAAUUGCUUCUCGUAUUCUUCUCUUAGUAAGUCAAGAGGAGUGAGUACUGGUGUCAAUAUUUGAGUGACCAAGACAAUGUGGGAACAUAAC